CAGGUCACAUGAUUGAUCCGGAUUCAGGCUGAAGCGACCUAGAGCAGCAGGCAGAGAUUAAUCUAGACAGAUUCAUCGCGAUCGCUUCACGUUUUAGAGACAUUCACGUACUUUCUGUUUAGAAAUCUUAGAUAAAGUUGCCACAUCAGUUUUCCAGCUUGUUUUUGACUCAUAAAAGGACCAGUCUGGUGCUUGGUGUUAUCUUGAACCAUGAAGCUGAUCAUUCUAAAUGACUACGACCAGGCAAGCGAGUGGGCUGCAAAGUACAUAAGAAACAAAAUUUUACAGUUUAAACCUGCGCCUAACAAAUAUUUCACUUUAGGACUCCCCACAGGAGGCACCCCUUUAGGUUGUUACAAAAAGCUGAUUGAAUAUUACAAAAAUGGGGAGCUCUCAUUCCAGUACGUGAAAACUUUCAACAUGGAUGAAUAUGUAGGGCUUCCCAGAGAUCACCCUGAGAGUUACCACUCCUUCAUGUGGAAUAACUUGUUCAAGCACAUCGAUAUCAGAGCGGAGAACACCCACAUCCUUGAUGGAAACGCCGUCGACCUCCAAGCAGAGUGUGACGCCUUUGAAGAAAAGAUAAAAGCUGCCGGAGGGAUUGAGCUGUUUGUUGGAGGUAUUGGACCUGAUGGCCACAUUGCCUUUAACGAGCCUGGUUCAAGCCUGGUGUCCAGAACCAGGGUGAAGACUCUUGCAAAGGACACUAUCAUGGCCAACGCUCGAUUCUUUGAUGGAGAUCUCUCAAAAGUGCCCACCAUGGCUCUGACAGUGGGAGUGGGUACCGUCAUGGAUGCAAAGGAGGUCAUGAUUCUCAUCACAGGAGGACACAAGGCCUUUGCUUUAUACAAGGCUAUAGAGGAGGGCGUGAAUCACAUGUGGACAGUGUCGGCGUUCCAGCAGCACCCACAAACUCUUUUUGUUUGUGAUGAAGAUGCCACCCUGGAGCUGCGAGUCAAGACUGUGAAAUAUUUCAAAGGGAUGAUGCACGUGCAUAACAGGCUGGUGGAUCCACCCAAAGAGACGUGAGGAGAUCGCUUUCACACUUCUGAGAUCCUGAUGCAUUUAUUAUUAAUACAAACUAACACUCCUGUGAUUCUUAUUAUUUCUUCAUGUUCUGGUGAAGAUGGCGGUGAGAAAUCUCACCAUUAACACUCAUUAUGACUUGCUAGAACAUUUGUUUUGUAAAUCCCUCAUUUUCAGGUUCUUUUUAAUAAAAGACGUUUGAUUUUUAA